GGACACCCAGACACCAAGACAUGACAUCACUACACAUCAACUGAGUCGCAGAGGCUGCUGGGAGAAUCUUUCUGUUCCGGAGACAUUUUGGAUUUAAAGGGGCUGAGCUAGCCGCCAGUCCUAGUUCACGGUUUAACUGAGAAGAUGUCCACCAUGGUGUAUCCACGAGAAGAGAAGCUUGAAAAGCUUUCGCAGGAGGAGAUCAUCUCUAACACAAAGCUGGUGAUUCAGGGCCUCGAGGCCCUGAAAAACGAACACAACUCUAUCCUUCACAGCCUCCUGGAGACCAUCAAGUGCCUAAAGAAGGAUGAAGAGGCCAAUCUGGUGCAUGAGAAGUCCAACCUUCUCCGCAAGUCGGUGGAGAUGAUCGAACUGGGCCUGGGGGAAGCACAGGUGAUGAUGGCCUUGUCCAACCACCUGAAUGCGGUGGAGUCAGAAAAGCAGAAGCUGCGUGCACAGGUGAGGAGGCUCUGCCAGGAAAACCAGUGGCUCCGGGAUGAGCUAGCCAACACCCAACAGAAGCUACAGAAAAGUGAGCAGAGUGUGGCCCAGCUGGAGGAGGAGAAGAAACACCUGGAGUUCAUGAACCAGCUCAAAAAAUAUGACGAGGAUGUCUCACCCACUCAGGAAGAGAAGGACAAGGAAACACAGAAGGACUCACUGGAUGACCUCUUCCCCAAUGAUGAAGAGGAGCAUGGACAAGGGACGCAGCAGCAACAUAACAGUGCGGCUGUGGCUGCCGCCCAGCAGGGAGGCUACGAGAUCCCAGCCCGCCUCAGAACCCUGCACAACCUGGUGAUCCAGUACGCUUCCCAGGGCAGGUACGAGGUGGCUGUUCCUCUGUGCAAGCAGGCUUUGGAGGACCUGGAGAAGACCUCUGGACAUGACCACCCUGACGUGGCCACCAUGCUCAACAUCCUGGCUUUAGUCUAUAGGGAUCAGAACAAAUACAAAGAGGCCGCCCAUCUGCUCAAUGAUGCUCUCUCCAUCCGGGAGAAAACCCUGGGCAAAGAUCAUCCUGCUGUGGCUGCGACGCUGAAUAACUUGGCCGUGCUGUAUGGAAAGCGAGGGAAGUACAAAGAGGCUGAGCCUCUGUGUAAGAGGGCCCUGGAGAUCAGAGAAAAGGUCCUGGGAAAGGACCACCCAGAUGUGGCCAAGCAGCUGAACAACCUGGCUCUGCUCUGUCAGAACCAGGGCAAGUAUGAGGAGGUGGAGUACUAUUACUGCCGCGCCCUGGAGAUCUAUGAGUGCAGGCUGGGCCCCGAUGAUCCCAAUGUGGCCAAAACCAAGAACAACCUGGCAUCGUGUUACCUCAAACAGGGGAAAUACAAGGAGGCUGAGAUUCUGUACAAAGAGAUUUUGACUCGUGCUCAUGAGAAAGAGUUUGGAUCUGUUGAUGCUGAGAACAAACCCAUCUGGAUGCAUGCAGAGGAGAGAGAGGAGAUGAGCAAGGGCAAGCACAGGGACAACACUCCUUAUGGGGAAUAUGGAGGCUGGUACAAGGCCUGCAAAGUCAACAGCCCCACAGUGAACACCACCCUGAGGAACCUCGGGGCUCUGUACCGCCGCCAGGGCAAGCUGGAGGCCGCUGAGACCCUGGAAGAGUGCGCCGUCAGGUCUCGCAAGCAGAGCAACACAGGCAUUGACCCCAUCAACCAGACACGCGUGGUGGAGAUUCUGAAGGACGGAGAAGGUGACCGGCGGAGGAGCAGGGACAGUCUGACCAGCGUUAAGUAUGAGAGCGGCUCUGAGACUGGCGAGGAAGUGAGUAUGGGCGUGGAGUGGAACGGGGCCUAAGCCAUCAAGACUAUUCCUCCAUCCUUCUCUCCUUCCCCAAAACAAUAUCAACAGGAUAUGUAUUGUCAUUCCCUCUGGCCUUCUCUGUCCCAACACACCAACAGCUCCUCUACCAGUCCCGGUGCCGCCUCUGGCAGAGACUCAGUGCCCUCUCCUGGUUGUCGCCUCUGUCCCCUGUUCAAGUGAAAACUGCCGGGACGUUUGGUCUUUUCACCUCUGCUUUUUCGCUUUCUCUGUUCUUUCCUUUCACUAACCUAGUGUCGUCCACCAUAUCGGAAAUCAACACUUCCACUCUUGUUCUCACAUAACAAAAAAAGGUCAUUGCGUAUGUAACCCCUUGCUGUGAGGAAUACACUUGCACAUUUUUCUUCUCUCCAGCAGUCAAUUGUUUUUUCCUAUGCACAUGUAGUAGAUUGAUUUGAGUAAAAGUGCUAUUUAUUUAGUUCAAGGCUUCAUUUAAACUAAAUGCUGAAAGAUUCUGAGGAUCAGUGUCGCCUCUGACAGCAUCUUAAGCUCUAGAAGUUGUUUAUUAGACUGAAUAUUCUACAACAAAAUGAUAUGCCACAGUUGGUCUCAGUGUGAAUUACUUGUGUAUCUGUUGCCUUCAGCGGCCUCAGCUCAUUUGAGUAAACGCUAACUUGAAGUUAGCUUCUAAAUUGGUGCCUGUAUUUAGCCAUAUUAGUAUAUUUUAGUCAGUGUUUUCAGUUUAAACUAAUGCCUAAGAUCAAAAGCAAAACGGUUUUACGAUGGUACUGUAAAGUUGCACAUGCUAAUCAAGAUUUUUGCAAAAUCCUCUUCUUUUAAUAUUUGGCAACAAAUAAGAAGGGAGCUUUGCCAUUUUGUGUUUUUAUAGAUGUAUUUCCUACUUAUUUUAAUUUUAUAUGACUUUGUUUACAUUUAUUUAACAGCUUUUUUUAAUGAUUUUGUGGCUGAAUGUUCAGGCGGUAGUGUUUUAAUGAUGCCAUAGUGUUACCUGUUGUGAAAGACCAGAGCGUGCAGCAUCGUUUAGGCCAAAGCUGACGGCAGAUUGGUCGCAUCACAGCGUGCAGGGUGUUGUAACAGUGAUUUAUUUUUUCAACCUGCUCCUACUGGCUUCAGUGUCGUUGCUUUAUUAGGGUAUUUACACAAGCUCUACAAUGCACAAUACAAUGUACACAGUAGCUCACAUUUACAAAGGGAAUAGGCAUUAACGUUGAUGCGAUAUCAACUGACAGACACUGAUUAAUAAUAGAUUUGAAAACAACAGACAUAAACACCUAAAAUUGCCUUGAUCUGUUGGUUUAGGAUUAGUGGAAUAAUUCAGUGGAGGCCUGGAUUUCACUAUAGGUUUAGUGUGUAUUUAGUCACGGUGCCCGCUCUGGCUGUGGAUACUGUAUUUUGAACACAAAGCUAAUUGGAGUGUCUUGCCAUGCUUUUUUUUCUUAGUUAUUUGCAAAUAAACAUUGUCACUUUGGUGAAUCGUGUGUUAGACUCAAGUAUAGUGAGUGUUUCCUCUGUAAUUUCAGAUGUUUCAUUAACUGAAUGUAAAUGACUUAACAUCUUGAAAGUUUAAUUGUAGGCUGCAUUUCUAGGUUGGACAAGUGCGUUCACUGUACGGCUUUUCAGUGUGCUACUUCAUUCCUUCCCACGAGUACACCAUACUUCUAAUGCAACUGAGAAAAAAUAAUUAUGACAAUGUUGCUGUGUUAGUGGAAUGCUUAUUUAUUGAACUAUCUAUUCUUGGCAUAUAUAGUGUGCUUCAGUUUUCUCAAAUGGAAAAUAUAAAUAAAUGGUGAGGUCUAUAAGCACCGUAGUAAGUAGGAUUGCAUUAUAUUUACCAUUCUGCAUUGUGAAGAUUAUUGCAUCAACACCUGUUGGUAUUCUCAAAUAAACUUUUUCAUUUGUGA